AUGGCAGCCAAAUUGGCAGAAGACAUCGUUUCUUCGCACGAUGAUCCUGAGGCCCCUUCCCCAUCAUCGCGCAAACGAAGUCUCAACCAGAUUUAUCGUGAGCCAUGGUUCCAGAUCUGCCUAGUCUCGUUCAUUUCGUUUUGCAAUCCUGGCAUGUAUAAUGCCCUAUCCGGAAUGGGAGGCUCUGGCCAAGUCGACAGCACAAUCUCCGCGAACGCCACUGUCGCAACUCAUGCAUGCACAGCUGGAGCUGCACUGGUUUUGGCCGGGUCUCUUUACAGGUAUCUGGGGCCGCGUCUAUCACUUCUCAUCGGCGGGUGGACCUAUGCCCUCUAUGCAGGAUCUUUGUUGAAUUCCGACCGGACCACAGGGGGCGGCCCUUUUGUGAUUGCAGCCGGUGCACUUCUUGGUCUAGGGGCGGCCUUCUUCUGGGUUGCUCAAGGAACCAUUAUGAUAACAUAUACGAAUGAUAAUACACGUGGCAAGGCCAUCGGGGUUUUUUGGGUUGUGUUUAACCUCGGUGCGACAGUUGGCUCGCUGGCUAGUUUUGGCAUCAACUACAACUCCAAAUCUGGCACAGUGACAGACUCAACAUACGUGGCAUACAUUAUUAUCAUGCUCUUUGGAUGGCUCUUAUCAGUGUUCGUGUGCUCGACAGAAAGUCUCUCGGACAACUAUCACGGUAAUCGCAUCAGUCAAGAAUCGAAAACCUUCAACUGGACGAACCUAAAGAGCACUCUAAUCGAAACACUCCGAAUAGUUUUUAACUGGAAGAAUUUGUGCCUUUAUCCUAUGUUUUUCACUGCAAACGCGUUCUAUUCCUAUCAACAGAACGCCGUCAAUGGCGAGACAUUCAACCUGCGCACGCGCGCCCUCAAUGGUGCCCUCUACUGGAUUGCACAAAUGGCAGGCGGGCUUCUAAUGGGCUUUUUGUUGGAUCUUCAGAUCUUCAAUAGCCGUACGCGCGCCAAAAUUGGCUGGACUGUAUUGUUUGUUACCGGGAUGGCGAUCUGGGGUGGGGGAUACCGAUUUCAACUAUGGGACGACGUACGUUUACAACAGGGUCUGAAACAAGAUAUCGAUUACAAGACAGGGAGUGAAUAUCUCGGGCCCAUGUUCCUUUAUUUCUUUUUUGGUGCCUAUGAUUCAUUCUGGCAAGCGUUUUGCUACUGGAUCAUGGGGGCACGUUCCCGCAACCCUGUUGUGAACGCUGUCGUUGUUGGUGCAUAUUCAGCGUUGAAGCCAGCAGGUGGUGCGAUGGCCUGGAGAAUCAACGCUGAGGGUUUUAGUGCCAUGACACAGUUUGCUAUGAACUGGGGUCUAACGGCUGGUAGCCUGUUAGUAGCUAUUCCGACGGUAUUGACCAUCGAAAGAGGAGAUUCUGUCGGAAUCCAGACCAAUGCUACAUAG